CUGUAAAAUCACAUCGACUGCUAAGAAACUUUUUAUCCGAACCUUUUGUUCCUGUAUACGACAGCCGCCGAUUAACAAGACUGAAUGCCCGCAUUCUCCGGCAGAUACAAGAUGAGGACUGAUCUCAAGACGAACUCCGAUCGCUCAUCCACAUCAAAGCAAAACCCCAAGUCAAGCCAAAAACCAUGCUUCUAUGCACUGCCGGCUGAGAUCCGCCUCAUCGUCUACGACUACAUUUUAGACGACUACAGCAAUGACAAGAUGCCAGAAUCACAUCGUAGAUCGAAGAUGAUGGUACAAAGAGACAAGCUGGUACAGCUAUUCGGAUGCAGACCGUCGAACAAGGCCGCAAAGACGCUUUUCGUCGAUUAUAUUGGCACGGCACUGGUUCCCAAUCACAUCGAAAUCAGGGCCAACAUCCACACAUGGGCCGUGUCGGUCUCGAAAGGACACCGGGCUCAAGUCGUCACCAAUGCCCAGGAGAUGCCAGCCAUCACCCUCGCCUCGAAGGCGAUUCGGCAAGAAAUCCUGCCAGCAUUCUUCAGCCGCUUCUACGCCCUCAACCCCCAGAACGAAGACGACACUCCCUGGUUCGCCCGUAGCUCCACCAGAAGAAACAUCACAAGUUCGAAUCUCCCGACCUACAAUAUGAGCCCUUCCCUCUGCAAACACUCCACCCGCUUCAUCUACCACCGACCCAACAGCCCCAUAAUUCUCACCUUCGCCCGCCGCGCCCUCCCCCUCGUCCACAACCCUGAAGGAGGAGAAAACCCGUACACCAUCACCCUCACCCACAAAACCCUCUGGACCAUGACCCUCACCAUCCUCCAAACCACAACCUUCACCCGAAAAGCUCACCAUCAACCCUCCAUGCGGCCCGCACCUAGCCUCCAUCCCCUCACGACAACAAACUUCUCAUCCGAUCGCCCGGAAAUCCUCCUCGACGAGGACGAUCCUCGAAGACCCGGGGUCAUCUUCGCCCGCGACUUCGCGGAGGCGUUGUCGCGCGAUCUGCAGGGUCGUUUUUGCAACACUACUACGUCUGCGGACGGAGAGGAGGAGGGGGAAGGGGAGGAAUUGGGAGGGUCCGCGGAGAGGGUGGCGCGGCUUUGGGAGCGGUGUCGAUUUUGGGAGGAGAGGGCGAUGGAAGGGGCGGUUAGGGGGAAGGGGGGCCGGUGGGUGCUGGAUGGGGAUUUGAGAAGGUAGUCCGGUUUGGUCGAGGGCGGGGCGUUUCCUUUUUCCAUGGGGCUCCUUUCUUUGGAUUUGGAUGGGGAGGUGUUCUUCUCAGAAUUUGUGCAGGUUGCUUUUUCUGUGGACGGGAGGGUGGGCGUUGAUUGACCACAACGUCAGGGGCGUGAGAUUGGAAUUCGAACAGCAUGAGCUCCUUCGUAUGAAAGGACUUCGGUGGGUGUGAUGAUCUCUGG